GCCAUCACUCUGCUCAUCACCACCAACAAUGGCGGACCGUCACCCCGGCACAGGCCCACGAGCCCAACGGACCGCCCCUGGCCAAGCUCUCCUCCGCCAGCUCCACGGCCGCGCCCCCAACUCUACCCAGGUCAUCGGCUUGUUGACACUUGUCAUCUCCGGCGCCAUCCUCCUCCUGCUCACCGGGGUGACGCUCACCGGCACCGUCGCGGGUCUCGUCUUCUUCGGCCCAAUUAUCCUUCUCACCAGCCCGAUAUGGUUCCCGAUCGCCGCCGUCAUCUUCAUGGCCAUCGCCGGUUUCCUCUCGGUCUGCGGGGUCGGCAUCGCGUCCGUGGCCGGCGCGACGUGGCUGUACCGCUACUUCAGCGGCCGCCACCCGGUGGGGAGCGACCGGGUCGACUACGCGCGGAGCCGGAUCGCCGACACGGCCAGCCAAAUGAAGGACUACGCCCGGGAGUAUGGUGGGUAUCUUCAGAGCCGGGUGAAGGAUGCGGCGCCGGGAGCUUGAGAUCCUUUAAUGGGGGUUAGUUGUUCUGAUGGAGUUUUUGCUAUUGAGUUACUGUUUUAUUGCCGCCUUCUUUUGUCCUGUUUGGUUAAUUUACUUAGUGUGUGCUACUUCAGUUGGUGUUCAGAGGACUGAUUUGAGUCUUGCGGGCUUUAGUUAU